AGGUAAGCUAAUUAAACAACUGAAACAGAAACUUGUGUUACACGUCAUGGCUUUUAUGCUUUAACUCCGACAAACUCUGCAAUUUUGUGGUGUGUCCUCUUGCCAAGUUUUAACCGAUCCAUGGACCAUACAGACCACACGCGAGCUUUCUUUAAUCAUCUCCUGAACAAGCUAGUGCUUCGAACAGAGACAUGGUUAGGUAUCAGUAGUAAAGGUGGGACAUUUGUGUCGCAUUGAGGAAGAAACUUGGAUUUGAGACUCACUUGGGACCUACCCUUUAAUGGCUUCUUCAACUUCUGGGAUUUUCUUUCAAGGAGAUGAUGAAUCUCAAAGUUUCAUUAACUCUCACUUGACUUCCUCUUAUGGGAAUUCAUCUAACUCUGUUCCUGGAUGUGGACCUACUGGUGGGUAUCAUAAUCUCAGUAUGGUUUCUGGGGAUAUGCAUAAUCCGGUUAUGAUGAGUGUUUCGACCCCGGGUCCAAGCGCUGGAGCUAGUUCGCUUGUUACAGAUGCUAAUUCUGGGCUCUCUGGAGGUGGUCCUCAUUUGCAGCGUAGUGCUAGUAUCAAUAAUGAGUCGUAUAUGCGUUUACCGGCGUCUCCAAUGUCGUUUUCCUCUAACAAUAUCAGUAUUUCUGGGUCAUCAGCUGUAGAUGGGUCAACUGUGGUACAACGGCAUGAUCCAAGUGUUCAGCUAGGAGGUUCCAGUGCUACAUCACUGCCUACAUCACAAACUAAUCAAAUCCCGCUUUCCAUGGCUCGUCGUGCUUCUGAAUCGUUCUUUCAGGACCCAAAUAACUUAACCCAAGCACGGAAAAAACCUAGAAUAGAUUCAAAGCAGGAUGAUGCUUUGCAGCAGCAGAUUUUACGUCAGUGGCUUCAGAGACAGGAUAUAUUGCAGCAGCAGCAACAUCAACAACAGCAAGGCCAAAAUCCACAAUUCCAACUUUUGCUUCAACAACAAAAGCUGAGGCAACAGCAACAAUAUCUCCAGUCCCUUCCACCAUUGCAACGGAUUCAGCUGCAGCAGCAGCAACAAGUGCAGCAACAGCAACAGUUGCAGCAGCAGCACCAACAGCAACAGCAACAGUUGCAACAACAAGGAAUGCAACUGCAACUAACCGGUGGGCCAAGACCUUACGAAAAUAGCGUUUGCGCUCGAAGAUUGAUGCAGUACCUAUAUCAUCAGCGACAAAGGCCUUCUGAGAGCAGUAUUGUUUACUGGAGGAAAUUUGUAACGGAGUAUUUUUCUCCCCGUGCAAAGAAAAGAUGGUGUCUUUCUCAUUAUGAUAAUGUGGGGCAUAGCGCACUUGGUGUUUCUCCUCAGGCAGCCACGGAUGAAUGGCAGUGUGAUCUUUGCGGUUCUAAAUCGGGAAGAGGAUUUGAAGCAACUUUUGAUGUCCUACCAAGGCUUAACGAAAUCAAAUUCGCAAGUGGUGUCCUUGACGAGCUUCUUUAUCUGGGUGUACCGUCUGAACGCAGAUAUGGUUCUGGAAUUAUGGUGUUAGAGUACGGAAAAGCAGUUCAGGAGAGUGUGUAUGAACAUAUCCGUGUUGUCCGCGAAGGCCAUCUUCGGAUUAUAUUCUCCCAAGAGCUGAAGAUUAUCUCAUGGGAGUUUUGUACUCGCCGACAUGAAGAGCUACUUCCUCGUCGCCUAGUAGCUCCACAGGUGAACCAACUGCUUCAGGUUGCAGAGAAAUGUCAGAGCACAAUCGAUCAAAGUGGAUCAGAUGGGAUUCAUCAGCAGGAUUUGCAAGCUAAUAGCAACAUGGUCAUGGCUGCUGGACGUCAACUAGCAAAAAGCUUGGAGUCACAUUCACUCAAUGACUUAGGCUUCUCCAAACGAUAUGUUCGGUGUUUGCAGAUUUCUGAGGUUGUCAGCAGCAUGAAAGAUAUGAUUGACUUUUGCCGUGACCAAAAAGUGGGUCCAAUCGAGGCUUUGAAGAGCUAUCCAUAUCGAAUGAAGGCUGGUAAACCACAGAUGCAGGAGAUGGAGCAACUAGCAAAUGCUGCUCGAGGACUUCCACCUGAUAGGAACAGUCUCAACAAGCUAAUGGCCUUACGCAAUUCUGGGAUAAACGUACCGAUGAACAAUAUGAGUGGUCAAGGUACUCUUCCGGGCUCUGCACAAGCCGCUGCCUUUGCGCUUACCAAUUACCAGACCAUGCUCAUGAAACAAAACCAUCUGAAUUCAGACCCAAACAACACCACGAUCCAACAAGAACCAUCAAGAAACCGGAGUGCAUCCCCUAACUAUCAAGGAACUAGUCCUUUGUUACCUGGUUUUGUGCAUAGCCCAUCAAUAAGUGGUGUUUCUUCCCAUUUAUCUCCUCAGCGGCAAAUGCCAAGCUCCAGUUAUAAUAGCUCAACCCAGCAAUACCACCAACACCCACCUUCCUGUAGUAGCGGUAACCAAACAUUGGAACAGCAAAUGAUUCACCAAAUAUGGCAACAGAUGGCAAACAGCAAUGGAGGCUCCAGUCAACAACAGCAGUCACUUUCUGGUCAGAACAUGAUGAAUUGCAAUGCCAACAUGGGAAGAAACAGAACAGAUUAUGUUCCCGCAGCAGCUGAAACACCAAGCACCUCCAACAGAUUCAGAGGCAUCAAGGGGUUAGACCAGAGCCAAAACCUGGAAGCCGUUCUCAGUGUGCUUUUUCUAGCCAUGACUGCUAUUGAACCGGUGGUUCAAGCCCAAGAAUGUGGCAACGAUCUAGCAAAUGUGCAGGUGUGUGCCGCCAUGGUGCUGCCCGGUUCAGGCAGACCGAAUUCAGAGUGUUGCGCCGCACUUCAAUCUACUAAUAGAGAUUGUCUAUGCAACGCUCUCCGUGCAGCCACCUCUCUUCCUUCGCUUUGUAACCUUCCUCCUGUGGAUUGCGGUAUAAAUGCUUAGUUAAGCACUUAAGCUAAGCACUUAAGCUAAGUCAAGUCCGAGAUGAUCAAGGAAAACGGGAAAAAUAAAGAACAAUGGGAACUAUUCUAGUUUUUUUUUUUUUUCUCACUUCUGCCUCUUUUAUUAUAAUAAAGUUCUGGUAGCUUUGCUUAGAAAUUGAGAUACUACUAGUGUAAUAAAAAGCUUUGCUAAUUAUGAGAAUAAAACCUUCCCUGUCUG